CGCCACCGCGGCGAAGCGGCGACGCGGCAGCCAAAAGCACAAGUGCCGCCAUGUGCGUGACAGCGCGGCCGCCGCGGCUGCACUGGUAGCACCGGGCCUGGAGGUCACCGGACAGGAGCCGAGCUAAUAACGCUAGUGGAGUGUGUAGUUGGCGUACGCUAGUGUGUGAGUGAGUGUGUGUGAGUGUGUUCGCGGACCAACGUGGAUAUAACGCAUCGCCCGGAUUGGCCACCUGCCUGUACCCUGCAGUUACCCGGGCCGGGGAUGCGCGGCCCGGCGGGGCGCUGGCUGAGCGCUGGCUGACGCCAGGCUGACUGCCGGGCCGAGGGCGCGUUGACGGCGUUGACGGCGUUGACGGCGUUGCCGCUGACGAUGCGGUUACGAUGGCCAGCCCACCGCCCCUGUCCCUGCCCGGGCCGCCCGGCUCGUCCGGCAAGGCCCAGAGCGGCAAGGCCCUCUACUCCACGGGCGUGGCGUGCCUCGGCUUCGUCUGCUUCGCGAUGGGCGCCACCGCGGUAGGCCUGCCGCUCUGGGGCUACUUCGACAAUGACGGUGGCUUCGCCGUGGAGAGGGGCUACUUCGGGCCGUGGCAGGUGUGUCGGCAGCUGCAGUACGAGCGGGAGCGCUGCGGCCGGAAUGUCUCCCGCUUCCAGCCGAGCGGUGCGGUGUGGGCUUCCGGCGUGGUGGCAGCCUUCGGCGUGGCCAUGCUCGCCGUCUUCUGCUUCCUGUCGGUGCUGCAGCUCGCCAUGGUGUCCUCCAAGGACAAGGUCCUGCUCAAGUACAGCUUCACCGUCAUCAUCAAGCUGGUCCUCGCCCUCAUCGCAACCAUCCUGGCCAUCGUUGCGGCCAGCCUCUUCGCGGUGCAGACGGACGACCGGGGAGCGGGCUUCCACGUCAGCCGGGGCGAGGCGUUCUACGUGCAGAUCAUCCUGAUCGCCCUGGACUUCCUGCUGUUCGUCAUGUCGCUGUACGACGUCAUCUUCUCGCGGAGGCUCGGCGGCGACCCCACCAUGUCGACGCGCGACCCCCGCGGCGACCGCGCCACCACCUUCAACAACCCCGGCUUCCAGGAGCGCAUCAACGGAGGCGGCGUGUCCGUGACGGACGCCAGCGGCAAGCCGUACGCGCGCGGCCACGGCGGCCACGCCAACGGCAGCAUGUCCUCGGUGCUGACCGGCCACACGACGCUGUCCUCCAACGGCGGCGGCUCGUCGGUGGGCUCCGUGUCGGGGGUCUCGGUGACGCGCAGCCCGCUGAGGUCGUCGCUCAAGAAGCCGCGGCCGCGGCCCGCCGACAACGGCAUGGGCAUCCAGAACCCCGGCUUCAGCGGCACCAGCCCCACGCUCAGCCGCAACGGCAGCGUCAAGAAGGUGCGCAUCCAGACCCACAGCACCGCCGUGUAGGCCAGUGUAGGCGCGUCUCGCAAACCCUCGCUGUGGAGGGCGAGGCUGGUUCCAGAACACUCGUCGUUGUGGUUGCUCCCGGCUGAGCUCGCGAUGGAGGUUCGAACACCGCAAGAGCGUGACUACUUUCGCCCCUGCUGGCCCUGCUGGCUCGAGCGUUGAUAAGGGGACGCGGCCCCAAGCGGGCGUUGCGUUGCCCGCCAAAUCCAGCGACGCUCGGAUGAGUGUGUUGGACCGACCGCUGUGUUUUCAAACAAAUGUUGUACCACCGUGGCGGGGGCAGGCUUUCUGGCAGCUGAUGAAAGCCGCCGAAAGCAGCCUUGCUGCAUGGACCGUGGAAUGGGUGGCUGUGAAUUAUUAUUGUGUAAAAUAACUUUAUUUUGGGAUGCCUUCUGUUGCAGCCGUUUGGCAUGCAAAGCUGACUUAGAAAAACACAGCUCAUUUUGAAGUGUUUUCAUUUCUAGAGUAGCAACUGCAAAUGAAAACAAUUUCUUGCAGCUAGUUUUUCCAGCUUUGAACUUGGAGGAUAUCAUCUAUUUAAGCCCCCUUAAAGUAUUAUCAAUCAAAAAUCUCAGUCAUUUUGCGCAAUCUGUGGGUAUUGUACUAUGUAUUUUUAGAGAUUGUGUUUUAACUUUGACUCGAAAAUGGUAGCUAUUGAGCAGAUAGUUUUGAUUAUUUUGUUAAAUACUCUAUGUAAUAUGAAUGUAUUAUUUACUGAUAGCCUGUGUAUAUUUUUAUAUUUUUUUUCGUUUUCAAGUUAUUGUUGAAUUGAUGUACAGUAUUCUCAGAUAGUUGAUGUUAUUGAAAAUCAAUUUAAAGAUAGAAACAUGAAAUGUUUAUUUGGGAUGUUUGAUACAAAGGCAGUAGCUUGGAUUACAUUGUAAUUGCAUCAUUCUGCAAACGUCAGCAUUACUUAUGUCAGUGGUGUACCAAAGAAUCAAUUAAAGGAACUGCCUAAUCAAAGCCAGAUAUGGACAGUCCUUUUGGUCAUCUGUGUGUUAAUGUAGUGUCACUAUGUAAAACAAAACUUCUUGAGGAAACUGCACUGAAGAAGUAAAUGUUGAUGCCAUAUGUUUUCCUUGAGUUGAGAUCUAGACUGCAUCUGGCUAGUAAUUAGUUCAGUAAAGCUUAUAUUUGGACUUGUGUCAGAUAUGCACUAACAAUAGAAAUCAAGUCACCGCAGAUCUUUCCGUCCUACCAACAUUGGACAUUAUUUAAAAUGCCUUUGUAAUAUAGAAAUAAGUAUAUCAUGUGAGAAGUGUAGUAUUGUAGGAUGAAUGUAGAUUUUUCAUAGGUAGUAAUGCAGUGCCAGGUAAAUUUUUGAACAAGCCCUGAAAAAUGUGUAUGACAAAAAGACACUGUGAUUACAUAACUCAUUGUAUCAAGCAAACCUACGCUGUCCUGUUACCCCACUCAGAUUUUAAAACUCUUGGGCUUUUUGUUUCAUUUUACAUCAACUGUCUUUAGUCUCAAAGCCAAGCUGUUGACAGUUCGUAUUUAUUUAGUAGUGUAUGCAACCUCUUCCAUUAAUUUUGAAGUGAAGUUAUGACAGUAACCAUUGAGGAAAAAUUCUAAAUGAGUUUGUAUAUUUUUGUGUACAUGCCAUGUUUUGUUAAAUUGUUAUCAGAUUUUAUGAAUUUUAUGGAAUGGAAGAAUGACAAAUGGAAUAACAUGACUGGUUUCAACAGGUCUGGCCUUUGUCAUUUAGUUAUGGUAGCUAUUACCUUGUCCCUUCUUGCAUUCUUUCCACUUCGUACUUGCGAGUGCAAAAAGUACCUGCAUUUGAUCUGUUGAAUAAAGCUAUUAUAUUUAUGUU